GCCAUGUGACUUUUUGAUUCCUGCUGAUGACGACACAAGCUGGGCGGCUCCCGUCGAUGUAGUUCACUUCCUGCUUCUCUGCCCUGGUUUCGCCUGAUCAGCUGCUUCAGCCCUUACCUCCGACGAAAGACACAAUGUCACAUCAAACGGGCAUUCAAGCGGGGAAUGAUGUGAAGGAUAUCUUCGCCAGCGCCAGGGGAGGGGACCAGUAUAGAGUCUUAAAGGUGGUCAUUGAGGACGAGCAGCUGAGUCUGGGCGGCAGCAGGAAGGCCUCCAAGAAGUGGGACCAGGAGUACGACUCCUUAGUGCUGCCCCUGCUCGAGGACGCCGUCCCCUGCUAUAUUCUGUACCGGCUGGACUCCACCAACAACCAGGGCUACGAGUGGAUCCUCCUGGCCUGGUCACCGGACCACUCUACUGUGCGACACAAAAUGCUCUACGCUGCUACCAGGGCCACGCUCAAGAAAGAGUUCGGAGGCGGCCACAUCAAGGAUGAGAUAUUUGCUACCACAAAGGAAGACUUGAACCUCAGCGGUUACAGGAAGUAUCUGACCUCUCAGGCCGCCCCUCUGCCCCUCACCGCCGCCGAGGAGGAGCUGAGGCAGAUCAAACUCAACGAGGUGCAGACGGACAUCAGCGUGGACACCAAGCAGCAGACCCUGCAGGGAGUGGCUUUCCCCAUCCACAAAGAGGCCGCCGAGGCGCUCACACGCUUUAGAGAGAAAAAGAUCAACUACGUGCAGCUGAACAUAGACGCUGGAAAAGAGAUCAUCCUCUUGUGCAGCACUGAGCCGACCGAGGUGAAGGACCUACCGAGGAGGAUCCCUAAAGACUCUCCACGCUACCACUUCUUCCUCUACAAACAUUCCCACGAAGGCGACUACCUGGAGUCCACAGUCUUCAUUUAUUCUAUGCCGGGCUACAAGUGUAGCAUCCGCGAGAGGAUGCUGUACUCCAGCUGCAAAAACAACCUGGUGGAUAUGGUGGAAGACAAACUCCAGAUUGAAAUAGAAAAAAAGCUGGAAAUUGAAAACGGGGAAGAAUUAACAAGUGAUUUCCUGUAUGAAGAGGUGCAUCCCAAGCAGCACGCGCACAAGCAGGCCUUCGCUAAGCCCAAAGGCCCCGCAGGUAAGAGGGGGGGCCGCCGCAUCACCCGGCCCCCCGCCGAGGGAGAGGAGGAGGAUUAAACGGACCUCAGCCCCCGACUCGUCGCCUCCACCCCGAGCACGUUCCACAAUGGAACAUUCCUGCGAUUGGGAGGGGGGGGGUGGGUUGAAAUGAAUAUUUGACUCCCUUUGUACAAAAAGAAUAAGACGAUAACCUCAAAUUCCCACAAUUUCCCCCCAGAGAGCCAACUAUGCACGCCAAGGACAACUGAGCAUUGACACACUUUAGAUUUCCAUUUGUAGCUUGCCAAAUGGAAGUAUAUUUAUGUAUGUUAGUACAUUCACAAAAAAGAAAAAACUUGAUUCAAAGGGGCCCAAAGUCAAAAGUUGAGGUUUUUACAUUGUUGCCAGUUUGACACUUCACCAAAAAGCUAAACAAAAAAAAAUCUAAACAAAAAAAAAACCUUCCUGGGAUGAAUGUGAAGUUGCGCCAACAUGAUAAAAUUCCAAUUUUGAGUUCAAAAGCUUAAACCCUUAACUUGCAUUCCUUAUGUCUGUUUCCAUUAACGUUUUUUCGUGUCUAAUGUGUAGAACGUCUCUACUGUUUGCACAAUGAGGUGCUCCAAAGAAGAACAGGUUUAGAACGAUCCCAUUUGUGUCUCUCCAUUCAUUUUAACCGUGCAUUUUAUAUUUGAAAAAAAAAUUGACUUCUUUUUUGAUAUAACUGUGGUUUACAUGAAACAAAAUCAUCUGCUGAGAAACUUAUUUUUCUAUGCAAGUGCUGUAAAUGUACAUAUUGUAGCUGUGUGAUGCUCUAUGAUUAAGAAACAGUUUGGUCUGUUCUGGUGAUUGUAAAUGUCAGUGAGGACUACCGUGGAUAGAACUGGGGCUUCCAGAAAUAUUCCAUCAAUACAUCUCAGAUUUCACAAAGAGGAAGCCACUCAGACUUGGCCGGUUCCCACCAAGAAGGGAAUGCCAUGAUACCGGAGCGGAAAGGGAAUACUACUAAGUACCUUGAUUUAAAAAUGUUGCCACAUCCACUGGUCUACUCGUUCAUUUUAGGCAAACUACUAAGCUCACCUCGUGUGUGAAAGGGGAAACCCCUUUAGUCAUACAACGCCAUUAUAAUAGAAACAUGUUUGGUCUUCUUUGUUUUCUUACAAAUCUUUCUUUUAAAGAAGAAGAAUAAAAUAUUUAAAUCACA